AUGUGGUCCUUUUUUGGAGGAUCAAGUAAUGGUGGUACCAAAGGUAAAGAAUUGCCAAAGAAAGCUAUUGUGGAGUUAAGGGAACAUAUUAAUUUGUUGACAAAGAAACAAUCACAUUUACAAACACAACUGAUCACACAAGAAAAUGAAGCUCGUAGGUUUUUAUCCCUUGGGAAUAAAACUUUAGCUAAGAAUGCUUUGAAAAAGAAAAAAGUAUAUGAAAAUCAAUUAGGUAAAUUGGAUGGACAAAUCGAUUCCUUGGAACAACAACUAUUCUCAAUAGAAUCCGCAAACUUGAAUCUGGAAACUUUAAGAGCUAUGAAACAAGGUUCAAAGGCUAUGAAAGCCAUACAUACUGGAAUGGAUAUUGAUAAAGUCGAUGAAACUAUGGAUGAUAUUAGGGAACAGGUCGAAUUAGGUGAAGAAAUUAGUGAUGCAAUAUCGAGACCAAUGUAUUCUGGUAUGAAUGACGUGGAUGAGGAUGAAUUAGAUGAAGAAUUGGAUAUGUUAGCACAAGAAGAAACUGCUCAGCAGAUUGGUAUUAUACCUACAACAACAGAAACUAUGAAAUCUAAUGCUGACACUAAUAAAAUUACUUCAGAGAGAGUAUCGGAAUUGCCUAAUGUACCAAUAGAUAAAAUUUCACAAUCACCACAGCAUAAUGAAGAAGAAGAAGAAGAGGAUGAAGAUGAACGUGCAUUAAGAGAAUUACAAGCAGAAAUGGGACUGUAA